AGUAAGGUGGAGCGAGCAGAUGGAAGCAGUCAGAUAAAAGGUGUUUGCUUGUCUGGGGUGGGCAUUGAGACACUUGGACAGGGCCACAUGCAGUCGUGCACCGGGACCAUGCCGAGCUCCAGGCUCCUCAGCGGGCUGCUCCUCUCCGCCCUCCUGCUGCUCAGUGCCGCCGCGGAGCCGCAGCUGAUGGACGAGGAGUCCGAGGAGGAGCUGAGCCCGAGAGCACUUCGGGACUUUUACCCGAAAGGACCAAACUUGACGAGUGAGAAGCAGCUGCUCGGUGCGCUCCAAGAAGUCCUCGAAAAACUGCAGACCAAGAAACUGCCAAUGUGGGAGAAGAAAUUUGGACAAGUCCCAACGUGUGACGUUGGAGAACAGUGCGCGGUGCGGAAAGGCGCGCGGAUCGGGAAGAUGUGCGACUGUCCCCGCGGAGCUUUCUGCAACUUCUUCCUUCUCAAGUGCUUAUGAGCCCAGAUGUAGCGUUUUAAUUAUUUAUUUACUUUUUUGGACGAGCGCUGUGGUAUAGAUGGGAUGACUAACUGCAGAAAGAGUUGAUGUAAAUAAGUAGUGACCAUGUCUGGCACCACACUAAACACUCACUGCCAAUAAAGACGUUGUGCAAUACGCACUGCAAUACACACAUGCACACACCCCCAAAAUAAUUUCAACUCUUGUCUGCCAUUUGUGUAUACAUUAAAAAAAAAUAAAACAACAGGUUUUGUAAAGCAGUCGAGUGACAUCCUCUUCUUCCG